UCUCGAUCCCUCUCUUCCUCUAUCCACACUUCUCACGCCCUCCCUCGCCGUCGUCGUAGCCGGAAAACCUCAAUGGACGUUCGCCGGCGUCCUCCCAAACCUCCGGUGACCUCCCAUACCGGAGGAUUCCAUGGAUUCAACGGCAGUCACUCCCCAGCUCAGGACGACCCCCGCCGAUCUCCGGCUCCGACACCGAAGGCCUCCGAUGCGCUUCCCCUCCCUCUCUACCUCACCAAUGCCGUCUUUUUCACCCUCUUCUUCUCCGUCGCGUACUAUCUCCUCCACCGGUGGCGCGACAAGAUCCGAUCCAACACGCCUCUCCAUGUCGUUACGCUCUCCGAGCUCGGCGCCAUCGUCGCUCUCAUCGCCUCCUUCAUCUAUCUCCUAGGGUUCUUCGGCAUCGAUUUCGUGCAAUCUUUCAUCUCACGCGCUUCCGGUGACGGGUGGGAUAUCGCCGACGAGGGCAAUGCCGGGAGUAACUUCCUUAUCGGCGACGACGACCACCGCCUCGUCACGUGCUCUCCUCCUCCUCCGGUAGUCUCCAGCGCCAAAUUACCCACUCCGGAGCCUGCACUCAGCGCAUUGAUGGGCGAGGAAGACGAAGAAAUCGUGAGAUCUGUCCUCGACGGCGCGAUUCCAUCGUACUCGCUCGAAUCUCGUCUCGGCGACUGCAAGCGAGCGGCGGCGAUCCGGAGAGAGGCGCUUCAGAGGGCCACAGGGAGAUCUCUAGAGGGAUUGCCUUUGGAUGGGUUCGAUUACGAGUCGGUGUUAGGGCAAUGCUGCGAAAUGCCGGUGGGAUACGUGCAGAUUCCGGUGGGGAUUGCCGGACCGUUGUUGCUCGAUGGGUAUGAAUACUCGGUUCCCAUGGCGACAACCGAAGGAUGCUUGGUCGCGAGCACGAACAGAGGCUGCAAGGCCAUUGCCGCCUCCGGCGGAGCCACCAGUACGGUCCUGAGGGACGGCAUGAGCCGAGCUCCCGUUGUGCGGUUCGGGUCCGCGAAACGGGCAUCGGAGCUGAAGUUUUUCUCGGAGAAUCCUGACCAUUUCGAUACUAUUGCCGUAGUUUUCAACAGAUCAAGUAGAUUUGCGAGGCUACAAAGUGUCCAAUGCUCACUUGCUGGGAAGAACGUGUAUAUAAGAUUCUGCUGUAGCACGGGCGAUGCCAUGGGAAUGAACAUGGUUUCCAAAGGGGUUCAGAAUGUCCUUGAAUACUUGUUGGAUGAAUUUCCCGACAUGGAUGUGAUCGGAAUCUCUGGUAACUUCUGUUCGGACAAGAAACCUGCGGCAGUAAACUGGAUCGAGGGACGUGGCAAAUCAGUUGUUUGCGAGGCGGUAAUAAGGGGAGAGAUCGUGAGCAAGGUUUUGAAAACCAGUGUAGCUUCCCUGGUCGAGCUCAACAUGCUCAAGAACCUCACUGGCUCCGCUAUAGCCGGUGCCCUCGGUGGAUUCAAUGCUCAUGCGAGCAACAUAGUCUCCGCUGUAUUUAUAGCCACUGGCCAGGAUCCAGCACAGAACGUCGAGAGUUCUCACUGCAUUACCAUGAUGGAAGCAAUCAACGAUGGCAAUGAUCUCCAUGUUUCCGUCACUAUGCCUUCCCUCGAGGUGGGGACAGUGGGAGGAGGAACACAGCUCGGAUCACAGUCAGCGUGUCUGAAUCUGCUCGGGGUAAAAGGGGCGAGCAAGGAGAUGCCCGGGAUGAACUCGAGGCGGCUAGCGACGAUAGUGGCGGGAGCGGUUCUGGCGGGAGAACUGUCACUGAUGUCAGCCAUUGCAGCUGGACAACUUGUGAAAAGUCACAUGAAAUACAACCGAUCCAGCAGAGACAUGUCUUCUUCUACCACAACAACAACAACAACAACGAGAAAAUCAUUGUCUAUGGGUUAGUAGUGGUGGACCAAAGAUGAAGCUGUGACACAAAUCCAAAGCAGUUUCAGUUUCAGCAUGUGUGCCACUGCUGUUCAAAAGGUCUCUACUCUUUGUCUGAAACAAAGAUACCCCCCCCCCCCCCUCUCUCUCUCUCUAGGGGUUGUCUCUUUCAUUAUAUAUAUAUAUAUAUAUAUAUAAUGGGUGUGUGAAUGUUUUGAUUGAUUCUCUGUAUUGUUUGUUUGUUUGUUUGUUAGAUCUGUAUGAAAAUUACCCUUUAGGAUCUUGGCAGAGAUUUUCUUUCUGCUCCUUUCUCGUUUUCCUUUUUCUCUUUUGUGUUUGUGUUUUGAUGUAUGAUUUGAGAAAUUGAAUAUUUCCUUC